AUGCCACCAGCACCGAUGAUUAUCCCUCCCUCAACCGAUCCCGGCUCCAAUUCGGAGAAGAACGAGGAUGAGUUAGAAGAGGUAGAGUCAGAGGAAGAGAAUGAGGAAGAAGACGAAUCCGAUGAGUUCAGCGAGAUAAAUGCAUUCGCGAUAGGCUCAAUUGCCGCAUCGGCAGAAUUUACAAGCAUUCCCAAUCCACAAAUAUCAUUCCCACGGAACGAGCUCAAAGGGCACAAGCUCAUCGAUUUUCCUCUUUCUAGAGAUCACGUCCAGUGUCUCAUCAAUAUCAGCCACCAAGCGCCGUUUGGGCAGGGGACUAGGACCAUUGUGGACACCUCCGCUAGAAACACAUGGGAGAUCAACGCCCACGACUUCGAAAUCAUCAACCCCAGAUGGAGCUUCUUCACGGAUGAUGUGGUUCUCCCAAAGGUUUUUGACAAGCUUGGGGAGACUGGAGGCCGGGAACUCAAUUAUGCGGAACUAUACAAGAUGUUUCUUUACGAAGAAGGCGCAAUGUUCAGGAAACAAAAGGACACCGAGAAGGUGCCGGGCAUGUUCGGGACCCUUGUGAUUGUCUUACCCUCCCAGCACGAGGGCGGUGAUGUUGAAGUCACACAUAAAGUCGGACCUAAUCCUUCGGCUGCACAAAUCGAAGGCGACUCCAAAGAGCUUCGAAAAACCUUCGCCCUCUGGCAAGAACAGGUUACCAGAGGGAUGGCCGGGUUUGAAAGUCUUGUUUAUCUUCUUGACCAUGAAUACACAGGCGCUAGCCUUAGCCUAGGCAACCUUAAGCAUAUGGAUCUGUUCAAAGUACGAGUUUCCGAGGAAGUUUGCAAGCGGACUAGAUUCCAAAUUUAUCUCUCGAGCAUAGAACGAAUAAUCACUGGCGAACCCGUGUAUGCAAAGUAUUAUGAGUGGGAAUACGCUCAUUCUCGCCAAGGCCGCGGAGUUCACUGCCCGCCCGGUAGGUUCCAUACGAUCCAAAACACAGACCAAACUUCAAUGAAGCUGAAGCGCGUUGUAACGCUAGAUGGCAAGAAUAUUGCCACUGACGUCGAUGCUGAUGAAAAACUGGUAUCGGGACACGAUGAGGUUGUUGUGAUAGUGCCACGACAAAAGCUGAUGGCCUUCCUUCUUCGACCUUUCAAAGCCGGCUUUCAGUUCAAGAGAGAUAUCGAGACGCCGCUAGACCAGACUCUACCGGCAGACAAAGAGAACCGCCAGUUAGCGCUCGAUGUGCGUCAGCUUGCCAUAUUUGUCACCGGGAAAAAUGUCGAGAUAACUGAGUUAGCUAUACAGAUGCGAGCGGACCCUGCACUGAGACGCAGAAAUCUUGGCCUUGUCCCUCCACCAUUCCCUAACGCAGCGAUAUCUAAGAUAAUUCAGACAUGUGUUGCUAAUGAGCUAGUCCGCUCUCCCCCUCUUCUCACCCAAUGCGUAUCCGCAGUCAUAGGUCUAAUUCCUCAAGACAUAAUGGCACUUGUUGCGGGGUUACCAAAAGUUCUUGCUUUUGAUUCUGUGAGAGUAGUAGUCCUUCCCGUGCUUAGAGACAACAUCUCAUUUGCCGUCUCGUUCGUGAAUUCACUAUUCCAUGUCGCAGAGAGAGGAGAAAUAAGCGACAUAACGCCUCUGAGAGUGCUUGGGAACCUCCAAGUGGAUAUUCUUGCCAACUUCGACCUGCAAUCAAAACCAAUAAUAGACCCAUCACAAGGUCUACAGAAUCCUUCCAUGGGUGGGAAAGCUUUGGCAGAAUUACUGUACUUGUGUAUUCGCUACAGUAAUAACAACGCGGUUGCGUCUUUAUUGGAAAAGAUCAGAUUGCAAACCAGAACUAUGAUCCGCCCUGUAGACCUUCUUUCAAUCAUCCUUCCAUUUCUGAAAGAGACACCUGCAUGGCGCCCAUAUCCCGUUCCGCCACUAUCCAGCGUCCGACAGCAGAGACGGCACAGCCAGACUCGCGAACCCUAUCUAGCUCAAUUCUGGGAAGCGCACCCUCUUUCUCUCGGGUACGUUGAAGUCAUCAAAGAUGUUAUGAGCGGCGAAAGCCUCCAAUCUUUGGAAAUUAGCAACCGCUACCCCGAAGACACCAGCAUCAUCCAAGGCUUCUCGGGCUUUCAGCAACUGGACUGGCCGACACAUUUGACCCAGCUUAGCCUUGGAGGCAUGAGGUUUUCGGGUAAUGGUCUGACGCAGAUUCUGAAGGGAAAUGCGGCUACGUUGCGUACCCUUAUCUUCCAGGAUCUUAUAUUGGAAGAACUCGAAGAUUCGUGGGCCCUUAUCUUGCGACAGAUACAACAAAUUCCCCUUACGUCACUCAACCUGGGCCAGCUCUAUCAAUUCUUGCCCUACUCAAUCACCGAGCCGAUCUGGGGCUACACUGACCGCGAACGACAACAGCUGUCUGUUGGAGGUGAGGCGGAAGUGUCCAUGGCGCUUGCUACGACGGUUGCGAGCUUCCAGGCUGUGGCGUACGAGAUGCCUGGCUGGCGUGAGUGGAACUGGCCGCGGGAUGGCGGGUAUGGCGCGAGGUACAAUAAUUUUUUGCCCUCCCACCUGACGCAGCAUAUCUGGGACAUCUUCUCCAAGAUCGGUUUCUUGAGGAGCUAUUGGACGACUGAAUGUGGGGUGUUGGUGAGGUUUCCGGUGGUGGAAGGAGCGAAAGUGGCGGAGGUGGAGGAUAGGAUGGAGGAGUAG